UAAUUCUUAGACUUUUGAGCAGAAAGAGUGGAUUGUCAGAGUUGCAAAAAAAAAAAAAUGGAAUAAAGUAAGGAGGACGGGGUACCAUGGAAAAUCCGUGUAGAAAGUCGUCGAGUUGUCCGCACGACGUACGAACGAAGCCCAAGAGAAAUGUCGAAAGAAGACGAAAAAUUAAAAAUGGAGUCUCUUCGACGGUGGAAGGCGCGCUUCGCGUUAUUCGUUAUUCGACGAAACGUCGCUUCGGUAUCACGAAUUUGUUAUCGUCGAUAAUAUUGUUAUUAUCAUUACGAUUACCAUUAUCACUAUUAUAUCGUUGUUAUAAAAUCGUUGUCGGAAAGCGAUACUCGAGUUCGCGCGAAGACACGAGGGGAUUCAGCUGUACUCGAGGAAGGAUCAUUCUUCACUUGCCUUUUGUACAUGCUUCGUACGACUGUGUGUGCGUGUGCGCGUGUGUGUGUGUGCGCGGUACACAUCGACGAACGAGUCGCUUGUACGUGCAGUAGUACACGAUGUUGUUUUCUCCGUAGUAGGUAGUCGGUGUACGAUCGAGGUACACGUAAAAUAGUGAUGUUUCAACCUGUGUUGGUAAAACGCACGCGGAGAGAGACUCGCUUUUGCUAUAGUAAACAGUGGCAGCAGCAGGUUGUAAGAGUCCGCCAGUCGAGGAAUCGACAUAGCUGAGAUCGGUUCUUUUCCUCUUCGAUCGCGGUGGGACACUAGCCGUAUAAUACGAUCCACGCGUUUACGAAAAGGCGGAUCCGCCGCCGAAGCGUCAACGGAAAACCGACGAUCCGAAAAAAAGACUGAAGAGAAAAGUUCGCGUGAUUGUGCGAUUCGAAAUCGUGUGGAUACGAAAUCGAUGUGGAGUUUUGAUUUUAUUUUUGUCAGUGACGUGAAUAAAAGUUUUGCUUAAAUUAUUUUCGUUUUGAAGAAUCGUAAAUUUAACCGAACGUAUAUGAGCGGCAUUUGAUUGAGAUGCCUCAUGUUCGAUAGAUCUAUCGAUCAGAUUACCGGAAUUCGAUGAAAUUUUCGGCUUCUUGAUUCUUCGCCGCCUUUUCUCGACUCUGAUUUAUAACGCGUGAUUACGUGAAGUUGCGCGUGGGCGAUCUGUGACCAUCUCAUUCGACGAACGAUGUUCGAUUCGAAGUAACCGAUCAAACAGGAAAAUAUAAAAUACAAAAAACACGUAGCGAUAAAUAUGAAAAAAAAAGAAAAAACACCGAAAACUGUUUAAUUAAGUGGGAAGAAUUUGAGUGUGUAAUAAGUAGCGAUCGUUUGCCGUUUUAGCAGGAUUAUUAUGCAAAGUGUUCGAAAGAAUCCACGGUGUGGAAAUUAAUUCUACCUUUGGAUACUCGGUGAUUUUUCUGUUUUUUAUUUUUUUCUUCUCUACUCGACUCCGCGUCGCCUAUGUCCACACGCGUAUCGCCGCAGAGUCUCGCAGGUGAUCGUCGAUCGGUUUGAAAAAAAGUACUCAUGUGUCAGUCAAGGAUCACCUGUGAAUCGUAUUCGCGCAGCCAUAUCGGAGACGUAUGUACUUACAUAAAACUACCGGCAAUAACUCAUCGAAACGUGGUUUUUUGGUCGAACUCGUCUGCCUUAAAAAGGAUCUGUAUGGUCUCCCGUAAGGGGAGCGCAGAGAGAGAGUCCUUGAUGCCCGGAGAUCGGCGGCCGCCGGUAUAAAUAAACAUCGUAUAUAGCGUUAGCCGUCCCUACCGCGGUUAUAAAUAACGCUGUGUAAUUUGUCUCCUUUUCUUGUUUACCAAAGUGUUGCUUUUCAUCGUCCUCUCGUCUCACUUCGUCGCUACGGCGGCACCGCGCCGCGGAACCGGAGGUCCGUCCAAUGGGGUUUAUAUUAAUCUCACGCGCGCGUCCACCGAUCUGCAUGGGCGGCUGCGACAUGACUCCGCGAUAAAUGAUAAAUAAAGGACGAGAAGAAAAACAAAAAAUAAAUAACCCGAAGUAACGCGACGCGGAAAAAAAAAUUAAACAAACACCGAUCCAUCCGUCCGAUGUACGCCACGAGAUAAACGACCUCGACGAUCUUUUACGAAAAAAUUUCAACGUUAUCAGAUAUCGCUGGAAUCUACACUGAGAGGAUCGCAAUCGAGUCGCGACAUGCGAAUGAAAUUGCGGUACGAGUGAAAUGCGUACCGUUGCCUUUUUUUUUGUUUUUUUUUUUUGAAAUUGUAAAUUUCAGAAGUGGUGCGCACGUUCGGGUGAUUUUAUGGGAUUCAACAAGCGGACCAAGCACGUCGAUUACGUAACAUAUUUUUUUUUCGUCCCGUUAUUCAUGUGCACGCAUACAACGACGUUAUGCCGCCGAACGACAGCUUGAAAGUGACGUAAAGUUAGCCGAAACUGAUACACAGAAGCGAUAGUUGAUUUACUCCGCACUCCAUUACGUCGCCGUCCAGUCCUCCGGACUCUUUCGAGCCAUGACCAACAACGACGAGGUGGGCAUUAAAAGGAGCAGAUCUUCCGGCUGGCUCAACAAUCUCAGAUCAAGGUCUCCCAAUCUGACAUUUUGUAGGCUGAGCAGAGCAUGGAGCAGUCUCGACCACGUGCACAGAAAAGUGUGCCGUAGCUGCAGGUGUCCUCGCGAGGAACACCAGCGGGGUUCCACCUCCGAUACGGCGGGCGGUUCCUCGGGACUGGGACUCGGUCUGGGUCUCGUCGGCUCCCCGGGUUUGGGCCCCGCAUCUCCGAUGGCCAUGGCGAUGGCCUUUCAGAGCCCCGCGGGAUCGGCCUCGAACGCCCCCGGGGUAAUCCCGGAACCCUUCAAGAGUCCGGUACAGGCGCCUCCGCCGCUUCAGGACGCCCUGCUGCAUCACCAGAGGCACUCGCAGAGCGACGACGACAGCGGAUGCGCCCUCGAGGAGUACACGUGGGUUCCGCCCGGACUAAGACCCGAUCAGGUUCACCUAUACUUCAGCGCUCUGUCCGAGGACAAGAUUCCGUACGUGGGAAGCGCAGGUGAACGGGAACGCGUCAGACAGCUUCUUCAGCAGCUACCACCCCACGAUAACGAGGCUCGUUACUGCAGCGGUCUCUCCGAGGAGGAAAAACGCGAACUGAGGGUAUUCGCUGCUCAAAGAAAACGCGAGGCACUCGGUCGCGGUCACGUCAGUCAAUUGGAUCGACCGCACGGUACCGGAUGCAGGGACUGCAGCAGACCCAUAGCCGCGGCGGAAAUGGCGGUAGGGGCUUCAAGGGCGGGCCCCACUGCCCUCUGGCAUCCGGCCUGUUUCGUCUGUUGCGUGUGCAGGCAACUCCUCGUCGAUUUGAUCUACUUCUGGAGGGACGGACGUCUCUACUGCGGACGGCAUCACGCCGAGACUCUGAAACCACGCUGUUGCGCCUGCGACGAAAUCAUUUUAGCGGACGAAUGCACCGAGGCCGAGGGAAGAGCUUGGCACAUGAGGCAUUUCGCUUGCCUCGAAUGCGACAGACAGUUGGGCGGCCAGAGGUACGUGAUGCGGGAGGGCAGGCCUUACUGUCUCCACUGUUUCGACGCCUCGUUCGCCGAGUACUGCGACAGUUGCGGCGAACCCAUCGGAGUUGACCAAGGUCAAAUGUCGCACGAAGGUCAGCACUGGCACGCGACCGAAUCGUGUUUCUGCUGUGCCACCUGUCGCACCUCGUUACUCGGCAGACCUUUCUUACCGCGACGGGGUGCCAUAUAUUGCAGUAUCGCUUGCAGCAAAGGAGAACCACCGACGACCCCCAGCGACUCCUCCGCAGGACCUCCGCUGCCUCCGACGUUUCCAAGAUUGGUGAGGAGGCAGCCACCCCCCAGCGAAGGUUCCUCUAGUCCUCCGCCACCCCCGGCGUCGAGACAUACCUUGGGAUCUCCAAGAAAUUCCCCGAGGAUGCCCAGAAAACACCAAGGUUCGGUUUCCGUCGCGACAACGCCAACGCAGGGAGUUUCCACGGUCGAUUUUACCGGAAGUGAAACUCUCGGCGCGGGAGGAUCCAGAGCCGGAGGUCUCGACAGGGUCCUUCUCGAGAGGAAUUUGGAAAGGCUCCUACAGGAGAGAAGUACUCUGCCGGAAGAAACGCCAACGGAGUUAGGAAGACUGAUGCAAGCGAGGGACAGGGAACCCCUUCGUUGCGCGCCCACCUCGGCCCCGACGCACGCUUCCAGCAUGCCGGAACUCCCGCCCCCGCCUCCACCUAUUCAUACGAAUAUCAGCCCGACGGAUCCUCCGACGCCGACGUCGCGACGCGUCAGAUUUCAAGGAGACGAGGCCUCGGCGACGACUAGCGUCCCCAUGCCCCCCACUCCUCCACCUCAGAGUGUACCGAGGUCGAGGAGUCUGCAGCCCGAAGAAGCCGCUAGCACCUCUUCGUGGGGUGGUUUGCCGGCUCGAGUGCGAACGGAGGAAGAAGAGAGUUGUUGUUCGACGUGCAGUUCGUCGAGUAGUUCGGACGAAGCGUCAGCGUACGCUUUGCCACCGCGUAGGGCUUACGGCGGUGUCAGAAUUUCAUACGUGCCAAACGACGCCGUAGCUUGCGCCAGACGACGUCAACCUCCGACGUCGCAGGGAUCGAAGGAGGCCGAGAAGUGCGUCGUGUCCUGAUCAUUUCUUCAUAUUUGAAGCUUACCGUCGCAUCGCAAAUGAACCGAUUGAUUGAAUAAUUGAUUAAUUAUAAAUUGGCGACCGUGAAAAAAUUCCGCGAUUUCGCAGAAACGCAGGAGAAGCGAAAUCGCGCGUUAUAUAUUAUCAAGAAAAAUCUGGGGGACGAAGACGACGGUGCCAAUUAUCGCAAAUUGGCAAUUUACCUAAGUAGGAUACUCCCUCGACUAGACCGUUCAAAUUAAAGUACUCGAAUAUCGCCAGAUUCACGGUACACUAAUUUGAUUCAUCUGUCCAGUUGACCUCUACAACUUUACAAUGUCAAUAUAACCGCGCAUCGAUCUACGAUAUCGAACGUGUAGAACCCAGGAAAAGGGCAACGACGUCGUAUACUUGAAGUUGUUUGAACAAAGUUGACUCUGGUUUCAAGAUCGAACGAAUUUUUCAAAUUUUAUUCGGGCUUUCGACGAAGGAGGUCACGGCAGGGAUUCGCCCGAAUUGGGUACGCCAUGAUUUCGAGCUCUACAGCCAUCGCAUUCACAUUCUAAUAAUCAAAUACCGAACGUCUGCGAGUAAGCGGACGAAAUUUAUUCUCCUAACGCUCGUGAAAAAACCCGAGCAAAGGCUACGCGAGGGAAAAAAGAGCGUGAAUCGAGCCGCGCUUUCAAGUCAUGCGAUGGUCGGAUUCAAUCUUCCUGCAUACAUGAAUCGGAAAAUAGUAUAUAAAAGUUUUUCAAAGUCCCCCAAAGUUUUACCUGCGCAGUUCGAGAGACCCGAAUAUAAUCCAGUAUAUUUGACACCACGGGCUUCAAUUUUGCGACGAGAGAAUUUUUUUUUAUUCUCAACAAAACCGCUCGCUACGGAGUUAGAAAUUUAUUCGAACGUCGAUACUCUAAUUGUCAAACGGAACGGUUUUCUUCCACCUCUGACGUUUUCCUCGACUAUUUUUUAUCUAAAUAAAAAUGAUGCGGCGAGAGAAAAAUUUUGUUCAAACUACUUCGAUUCCAAACUAUUUUUACACGUAUGUUAUAAGCGUAUUGAACUCGUGCAAGAUCCUCGCGUUUCGCGGAUUAGAAUAUUACGUACGAAAAAUUAGAACGUCAAUUGUCGUCAUUGUUACAUGAAAUUUUCGACGCGUUUUUACAAACCUUCAGCGCCCACCUACGCAUUGUCCCUCUGCAGUUAACGUUCGUGGAGAAGAGUUCCUAUAGUUAGACAAUAUAUUGGCCAUCUGCAGCAAUAAUUAUAACGGACAUAAUUUAAUAAAACAGACAAAAACGGUCGUUAUAUAUUCCAAAGACUGAAAUCGUCCCAAUUAAUUAUCCAGCUGAAACUACCUAUUUAUGCACGCGCUCGUUCAUUUUCGGUAAAUUUUCUUUCCCCGCUGAAUAUACAUACAUAUAUGAUAUCUUUAUUCAAUAAUAUUCAAAACGGAUAAUUAAAAAUUUACGAAUCGAAAAUUAAAGAAAUGAAGCCUUCCAUGGUAUGCAAUGCCACGCGAGUUUGUGUGUCGGGAUGUAAAAAAGCUGAACGAUCAUCGCCCAAAUAUUCAUAUUCAGCUAUUCACUGAUUACUCAUACACGAAAUAUCUACAUGUGCAAAAAUAAAAAGCCUAGCCUAGCGAUUAUUAUAAUUAUAUACGACAAAUUGAAUACUCGACGUACUAAGAGACUUCGAUGAAUGAAUCGAGGAGCUCAGCUGAGACGACGAGAGGAGAAGAAAUAAAAAUUGAAUCGUAUAAAAUAAUUGAAUGAAAGAGUAAAAAAAAAAAAAAAAAAUUAUGCGUAAUAAGAUUACAAGCCUUGGCACAAUUCUACUGUCGUAUUGGAUUAUAUGUAGUUUUGUUUCAAUGUGAAAUGCAGAACGGCAGGAUAUAUGGCCAUACAGACGUACGCGGCUGAGCAAUCUUUUUUAUAUACAAUUACCAAGAGACUAACGAACUUUAUAUACGUUUGCUAAUUGUAAUCAACCUACGAAAUCGACUACUCGGUAUUUAUUAAAACUAAAACGAUGAGCAGCAGCUAAUGAUAUUAUAU